UAUUGAUGUGAAACAAUGAAGGAGGUGCUGUUUUAUAUUUUAGUAGUGCUAAUCAGCAAGGCUUAUACCCUUCUUCCGAAAACCUAUGAUGCUCGUUUUAUAUCACUUUAUUCCACGGCCGAGGUCGUUGAUUUUAGCAAAAUUCGAUUUUUAGGACGCGAUCAGCGGGCAAAUGGCACUUUGGAAAUAAUGGAAGAUAUGGAUGAUAUAUUUUCGGUUUCUGCUGAAAGUUUCAUUGAUUCCAGUGGCGGUGGCGAUUACAAGCCGCUUCCUUUCACUGUUCCCUUACAACCAUUCUGCAAAGGCAUGAACUCAUAUUGGUCGUAUUUUGAUGCGAGUUUUAAGUACGGAGAGAACACUGAUCUUCCCGUCAACACCCGCCCAUGUCCUAUGCCAAAGGGGGUUUACUAUUUAAAGGAUGUGCUGAUCAAAACUGACGGUUGGCCUACUAUAAUGCCGCGUGGUUACUUAAAGGGCGUGGCCAAUCUAUUCAAGAAUGGCGAAUAUGUCGGAACUCUGGAAGUUGUGUGUCACAUUACGGAUUUAGCUUAAUUUAAAAUAAAAGAUUGGCGAGAAUACCAAGGAAAUGAUAUAUUUGCAAUAUUAUUAUUACACAGAGAGAAUACUGACGUUCUCAUCAGAGUUGAAAAUGUUCUUAAAAUGAGAACGACAUUUUUUGAGCUGAAAAUGUUCUUAUUGUGAAUGAAUCAAGUUGAGUUUGUACUUGAAAUUUGAUUAAAUCAAAAUUGUUCUCAAAACAAGAUCGAAAUGUUAUACAUUUAGCACGUGGUUCUUAAAUCAAAUUCAAUUUGUUCUCAGAAACCCAAUAAUAUCAAAUUUAGUAUACUAAUAUUUAUUGUCAUUUGAUUUAUUCUUAAAGUUCCUAACUCAGUUUUUUUUCUAUCGCACCCCAAUAAAGCUCCACUGUAUAUCAUCCUGGGGUCUU